AUGGGGCACCCCGCUAUUUCUGAAAUUCAAAUUCCUAGAUGGCUAACCACAUCUGGUCUUCAUGUUCAAUCAGGCAAAGAUGGGGCCUCUUUUAGGGAUUUGACGGGUUUCCGAUCUCUGCAAGGUAGUGUGAAACAGUGGGAACGCAAGAAAUUCAUCAUGUAUUCAAUUUGUGCUUGGGGAUGCGCAUCAAUUCUAACUGGCGUUUGCCUAGUCAUGGAACUAGUAGUUGAUUUUCCAGAAUAUUUAAUCAAACCAGGUUUCAAUAAAAACAAAUGCUGGUUUCAAUCGGAAACGGCGAAAGGCUUAUAUUUUUAUGGUCCUAUGGGCAUUACUGUCUUAUGCAACUUAUUUCUGUUUAUAUCAACGGCUCUAAAAAUUUCGAAACACAAAAGAGACACUGCACAUCAUCUCAGAGGUAGUGAAAGCAGGCGGCAUGAUGACAACAAGCAAUGGUUUAAUCUCUACCUCAAACUUUUCAUCGUAAUGGGUAUCAAUUGGUCAAUGGAAAUAAUAUCUUGGCUCCUUGAUAACAAACCAAGUUUUGUUUUUUACAUUACGGAUAUCGCUAAUACACUACAAGGUCUUAUAAUAUUCAUCAUUUUUGUGUGGAAAGAAAAAAUCAAGCGUCUGCUUCUUAAAAGAUUUGGCCGCAAAGGCAGCAAACUUCUGUGGGGAAAUUCGAAAAGUCGUUGUCAAAGUUCAGCUCGUACCUGCAUUACUUUAACCCCACUUCAAGAAAAAUACAGCGCUGGAUUAGAAGAAAAAUAUUCCAAAAAUACUUCGGAAAGCGAAUGUAUGUGAUGAAAUCAAUCUACAACAAAAACGUGAUGUAUAAUUAAGUGACAAAUCCCAAAGAAUCGUUUUUGUAAAGAAAACGAAAAAAAUUAUCCCUGGACCAUUUCCACUGUUUAAAUUAUAAACAAAUCUCUCUUUCAGAUUCCGGCUGAUAUCCGUAUAGAAGCCUAACUUUAAUGUAACUUUAUCUUUAAUUUUUUGUGUAGAUUUUAUCCGGUCCUACCUAUAUAACGUAUAUGGGACUAAUUUCAAUCUAUCCUUCAUAUUUGAAAUUUUACAGCUAAGAUUACAGAAAACAUCCGCUUUCAAUAAUACAUUUGUAUUCGAUAUUUUAGGCAGAAAAUUUGAAUUUUCUUCAUCGGAAUUAUUACCAAUAAGUACGAUUUAUAUGAAGAAAUGAAAGCUGUGUUAAUGAGAUAGCAAUAUAUAAUUUCAAAAUGCUAAGGACUCAUACCGUUUGUACAUAUAAUUUCAAUGAGUAUUCUGUAUUCUACCUAGAUUGCUGAAUUUAAUAUUACUGGUUUUAUAGUAUAAGUUUUUGCGUUU